AUGGUGAACAUAAUCAGAAAAAGUUUCGGUCUAAACUUAUUCAUACUGGAGACAUUUUACUUGUGUCCUCCCAAAAAACCAAGUCUUUCAUAUAAAAUUCAAAGCUACAUCGCCUACGUGUUAAUUAUAGUGCUAGUGCCUGUCAUCAGCAUUCUCCACAUUCUACUUGCAGAAGAUCUAGACUUGGAUCAAGUAAAUUACAACGCUGCUUUCAUAGCACAAACCACUUGCUUCAUCACAAAAUUUCUACCCUUCAUUCUUGACAGUCAACGUAUGAAAAAUUGCAUCUUUUACCCGGAAAGUGCUGCGUUUGCAACAUCCAGAGACAAUCACACAGCUAUCAUAAACGAAUGCGUCAGAAUUUGUCGAAGAAACAGCUUGGUGUUUUUUGUCGGCUCUGUUGGAGCUGCAGGUAGCUGGAGCACGAAACCGCUUCUCUGGAGAAGACGAGAUUUUCCGGUCGAUGUGUGGCUUCCCUUUGAUGCCAAAGCAAACAUCUUCGUCUUCUCUGUCGCCUAUUUGGUUAUCGGUAUAGGACCGUUUAUUGCUGGUCUUUUAACAGCCGUCGUUGAUCCUUUAAUCGCAGGUCUUACCUUUCAUGUUACAAGUCAGAUGAAAGUUUUGAAAGAUAAUUUACAAAACCUGUCCGAUUAUGCCGACGAGUAUAUUCGGCAAAUGAAAGUUAACGCGACAAAAAAUGAAGUCAUGAUUGAUAGCGUCAAGAAGUGUGUUGCUCAUCACGAUGAAAUUCUAAAGUAUCCAAAUACGGUUUGUUAA